AUGUCCGCUGAUAUUCCUGAGGAGUCCGACCCUACCAAGGAGGGGUCUGUCAUUCCGGUAGAGGACAUUGAUGCGUCGGGGGAAGACCUCACGAUUCCAGAGGGGACGUCUGAAAUUUCGGAGUCAGAAAAUUCGCAAGAAGACUACUACGAUCUGGAACACGACGAGUUUGAUGAUUGGGAAGAGGUUGACACAGACGAGUUUGAGGCGGAUGAUGAGUUUGCUACUGAGGAGGAAAGGACCGAUUUUUUAGAGGAGUCUGAAUCUCCGGUGGCAUCCCCGAAAGAUUUGGAAGGGAGCGAAACGACGGACAGGAUGCAUGUUACCUCACACGAUCUCACAGGUGACACAAACGGGAACACUGCUUCCCUACAGAAGAAGUCCUACUUUGGCUCUAUUGCUAAUGCUCUUCGUGCUUCAUACGCGGGAGGACGCCCCGACGACAGGCGCAAGAAUAAGAAAGAUCGCGUGAACCCUAAGCAAACGAAGCCUACCAAGCCCAGGGUCAAGCGCACAAAGCCGAGACCCGGUCGCAAGCCAAAGAAGCCGCGCACUCGCACUCCCCCGCGUAGGAGGCCGCGCAACCCUAAGAAGCCACGCACUCGCACUCCCCCGCGUAAGAAGCCGCGCAACCCCAAGAAACCACGCACUCGCACUCCCCCGCGUAAGAGACCCCGCAACCCCAAGAAGCCACGCACUCGCACUCCCCCGCGUAAGAAGCCGCGCAACCCCAAGAAACCACGCACUCGCACUCCCCCGCGUAAGAGACCCCGAAACCCCAAGAAACCACGCACUCGCACUCCCCCGCGUAAGAAGCCGCGCAACCCCAAGAAGCCACGCACUCGCACUCCCCCGCGUAAGAGACCCCGAAACCCUAAGAAGCCACGCACUCGCACUCCCCCGCGUAAGAAGCCGCGCAACCCCAAGAAACCACGCACUCGCACUCCCCCGCGUAAGAAGCCGCGCAACCCCAAGAAGCCACGCACUCGCACUCCCCCGCGUAAGAGGCCGCGCAACCCCAAGAAACCACGCACUCGCACUCCCCCGCGUAAGAGGCCGCGCAAUCCAACGAAGCCGCGCACUCGCGGCCCCCCGCGUAAGAGGCCCCGCAAGCCAAAGAAGCCCCGCUCCGGCGGUCGCAACCCCAGGUCCAAGCCUUCGAGGCCUCCGACCUAUACAUUUUCUGGUCAAUCAGAAACGUCAGGAGCCCCCCCUGGGAUGCCAUCCGAGUGCUCUUGCGCUCAGGUCCCCAGCCCCUCAAGCACGUGUUACACGAUGACAGACUUAGACACAAAAGCUUGCAGAUCGCGUAAAUGCGAGCCGAAGUAUGAGUGUGUAACGAGCGAAGCCUCGAGACAGGUCGUGCAGGCACUGAACGACACGGACGGCCAGCUGAACGUGGCGCAGAGCACGCGACAGGAAGCUUCGACGCUUUGCCGACUCAAGAAGAUCAGUACCCGGUUGGUGCACGAUCGCUUGAAGGCAGGUUUCUGCCAUGAAGAGAAGGUGGAUUCCUGGGCGUACUCCCCGUACACAACGGCCUAG